AUGCCGCGACUCGAGACGAGUUCCGGCUGGUCUCGGCUGACUGCCGACAUCAAGGCGGUCUUUGCGCCGAGCACAGGCUCGAUGGGAGAGCGCGGCGCCAUCCUCAAGUCGGUGCUCCUGCGCUCUGUGCGCAUAACGGUGAGCUCGAGCGGCCAGGCUCCAGUGCUGCCGCUGCGCAUCCGACCGGCAUUUGUGGUGCUCAACGUGCUCGACCUCAUCUUUCUCGGCAUCCUCGGCUUCCACCCGCGCGGGCAAACGUGGAUCCGCCUCAACGACAAGCUGCUCCACUUUGUCUGCUUCUUCCUCGCCACCGCCAUGUUCUACAUGAUCUGGGACGUCGACGAACCGGCGCGCACCAGCUACCUUUGGCGCAACGCAUCGCUCAUCCUCUCCGCCAUCACCUGCCUCCUCGUCGGCGGCAUCGGCUCCGAGAUCGUACAGAGCCUGCUGCCGUACAAGCAGUUUCAGAUCGGCGACAUUGUGGCCAAUCUGCUCGGCUCGUCGUUGGGAUUGUGGUUCUCCUACCACCUCGAGAAAAGGUACCGCGCUCGCAGAGAGCUCGAACGCCUCUAUGCGCCGCUCGACAUCGAAGACUAUGGCGACCUCCUCGACGAUGAAGACGACGGCGCCGUCUUGGAUCCAACUCCGAAUCCCAGAUCAAGCCUCAAGACCUCAAGCAGCACGGCAGGCGCGAAUAAGAAGACGCGCUUUGCCGCGGAUGUCUGGGACGACUCGCUCGACAUCGACAACCUCCCCGCGCGUGGGCCCGCGCGAGCCGCACCCGAGGCCACGCCAGCAGUGUCGGGAUCCGCUUCGCGUCAGGACAUCUUCACCAUCGACGACAACGAGCCGCCUUCGCCACCUUCGCAGCCAAACGUAUGGACUCAGGCGCAAUGA